AUGGAUUAUAACUCAGGUCGUGGUUAUGGUGAUGACUCUUACCAUCGUCACCUACAAGAGGAACAGCUACCACCGUCUGAUUAUGUAGUGGAGACUGUUGAUGAUCGGAGUAACGGUGGUGCUGCAGCUGUAGAUACUGGUGGGAUGCAGAUGAAGCCAUCUAGUGUCCAUCGUCACUCUUCUUCGUCCAUGUGUUCUCCUGGGAAACUAUUCGUUGGUGGAGUUUCUUGGGAAACAACUGAAGAAAAUUUUGGGAAGUACUUUGAGAAGUUUGGAGAAGUUGUAGACUCUGUGAUCAUGAGAGAUAGAAUGACUGGAAAGCCAAGGGGGUUUGGGUUUGUGACUUUUGCUGAUUCAGCUGUUGCAGAGAAAGUUUUGGAGGAAGAAGAGCAUGUAAUAGAUGACCGGAAGGUUGACCUGAAAAGGACAGUUCCUAGAGGAGACAGGGAUACUGAUACCAAAGCAGUAUCAAAAACUAGGAAAAUCUUUGUUGGUGGCCUUCCACCAUUUUUGGAAGAAGAUGAGCUGAAGAAGUAUUUCUGUGUAUAUGGUGACAUAAUUGAGCAUCAGAUCGUGUACGACCACCACACUGGAAGGUCAAGAGGGUUCGGUUUUGUAACUUUUCUGGCUGAAGAUUCUGUGGACAGACUUUUCUCCGAUGGUAAAGUCCAUGAGCUCGGUGACAAACAGGUCGAUAUAAAGAGGGCUGAACCAAAGAGAGCCGGGAGAGAUAACAGCUUUCGCUCCUAUGGUGCUAGUGGCAAGUAUGAUCAGGAAGAUUGUUAUGGUGGGAAUGCAAAUGAAGAUUACAAUAUGUAUGGUGGUUAUGGCGGUUAUGGAGCCUACGCCGGGAACUCCAUGGUUAAUGCCGCCGCUGGAUUUUAUGGUUACGGUGGUGGGUAUGGCUAUGGUUAUGGUUAUGGCUAUGGAGGCCAAAUGUUUAACCCUGGCUAUGGAGCUGGCGGUUAUAGCCAUAUGGGUGGUGGCUAUGGUGUUGCUGCGGCAGCUGCUUAUGGAGGUGGGAAAGCUCAUGGAGACGGCAACAGUGGCUCAAGUAGUGGCAGAGGAAAUGGGAGCAAUGGUAUAGGGCCAGGUCGAUACCAUCCUUAUCAGAAGUAAGAACUUCACGCUGUUGCAGAGACUUUGUAAAAAGACUUUUUUUUUGGUUUUAGUUUUUGAGGAACAGUUAAGACUUGCGAGAUAGAUUGGGAUACUUGUAACCAAUUCUUCACAUUCAACUGCUGUGAGGGUGGGGGCUGCUUGAUGCCAAGCAUGUUUAAUUACAAAAGGUGUUAAACGUUAUAGUUGGUAUUGAGAUUAUUUCAUAAAUUUGAAAGUAA